AUGGGAAGGGAGCGAGUGCCACGAACGGACCAAUGAGGAGGGGGCGGCCCGGGGUUUAAACCCAGGCCCGGCAGGCUCCUCCCGGCGUGCUGCGGAGGAACGGCUGUUGGUGCCUGCCCGUGGCCAGCCAGAGGCCGGGGUCUUUGCUUCCGAUCGCCGAGCGAGCCUCUUCUCCAGGAGGAGCCAUGGCGCUCAGGGUCACUAGGAACACGAAAAUUAACACAGAGAAUAAGGCCAAGGUCAGCAUGGCAGGCGCCAAGCGUGUGCCUGUGGCAAUUGCUGCGGCCUCCAAGCCCGGGCUGAGACCUAGAACCGCGCUCGGAGAUAUUGGUAACAAAGUCAGCGAACAGGUACAGGCGAGAGUGCCUCUGAAAAAGGAACUAAAAACUUCAGUUGCUGGGAAGGUGUCAGCUAAAAUCCCACCAAAACUUCUGGAGAAGGUGCCUGUGAGUGAGCCAGAAGUGGAACUUGCCGAGCCUGAGCCCGAGCCUGAACCUGUUAUGGAAGGAAAGCUUUCUCCUGAACCUAUUUUGGUUGAUAACACCUCUCCAAGCCCAAUGGAAACAUCUGGAUGUGCCCCUGCAGAAGAAUAUCUGUGUCAGGCUUUCUCUGAUGUAAUUCUUGCCGUGAGUGAUGUGGAUGCAGAUGAUGGAGCUGAUCCAAACCUCUGCAGCGAAUAUGUGAAAGACAUAUACGCCUACCUCAGACAACUGGAGGAAGAACAGUCAGUCAGACCAAAAUACCUAAUGGGCCGUGAAAUCACUGGAAACAUGAGAGCCAUCCUAAUUGACUGGCUGAUACAGGUUCAGAUGAAAUUUAGGCUGCUGCAGGAGACCAUGUACAUGACUGUCUCCAUUAUUGACCGGUUCAUGCAGGAUAAUUGUGUGCCCAAGAAGAUGCUGCAGCUGGUUGGUGUGACUGCCAUGUUUAUUGCCAGCAAAUAUGAAGAAAUGUACCCUCCAGAAAUAGGUGACUUCGCUUUUGUGACUAACAAUACUUACACUAAGCACCAAAUCAGACAGAUGGAAAUGAAGAUUCUUAGAGUUCUAAACUUCAGUUUGGGUCGCCCUCUGCCUCUGCACUUCCUCCGUAGAGCGUCAAAAAUUGGAGAGGUUGACGUUGAACAGCAUACUUUGGCCAAAUACCUCAUGGAGCUCACUAUGCUGGACUACGACAUGGUGCACUUUGCUCCUUCGCAAAUUGCAGCUGGAGCUUUCUGCUUAGCACUGAAAAUUCUCGACAACGGUGAAUGGACACCAACUCUGCAGCACUACCUAUCCUACACUGAGGAAUCCCUUCUGCCUGUUAUGCAGCACCUGGCUAAGAACGUAGUCAUGGUGAACCGUGGCCUUACAAAGCACAUGACUAUCAAGAAUAAGUAUGCAACAUCCAAGCAUGCUAAGAUCAGCACUCUGGCACAGCUGAAUUGUACACUAGUUCAAAAUUUGUCCAAGGCCGUGACAAAGGCAUAACUCACGUGGACUACUACAUCUGCAAAUUGGCACCAUGUGCCACGUGUACAUAGUAUACAGUGUUUACUUGCUCUUCAAUAAAGGUUGACGUUUUUUACUUUCAAAGCUUACCUCAUUUGAAUGUGGUCGCUUCUGACUCUAGGAUAACAAGUUGUCUGAAACAUUUAGGAACAUUUUAAAAACUGCUUUUAGUUUAAUGGGAUCCAACUAAUGUAUAUAAUUGUAGCCUUUUUGUUUAUAUACUUCUUCACUUUUUGUGUCCUGAUUGUAUCUUAAGUCGUCCUGCAAAGUAAAGUCCUCUGCCUUGCUCUGGUUUAAACUACAGAUCUACCAGCUUGUCUUGUCCUUCCUUCUACUUUCUACUUCUUCAGGUGGUUGCUGCCCUUCACCUCUCUUGAGCUAUGGACUUUCAGAUCUGAAACCCAGUUUUCUUGUGUAAUUAUUUAUUUGUUCUUAAUUGGCUUGGAAAAUAGGAUGUUUAAAAUUAAACUUUUAAAAAGAAUUUGCCCCUCAAUCUCAAUGUCCUGUACGAAUGUAAUCAUGCAUAUGUUUUUAAAGAGAUAUUUUUAUAUAGGUUCAUUUUUUUCAAUAUUCCUUUCGACAUUCCUUUCAACGCCUGUAUUGCAUUUCAUAGUGUGCAUUUCAUACUGUAUGUAAUGUAAUCAUCCCUUUAAUGACAUUCAAACUGCGUUCUCUCGUUGCCUCUAUACACAAUACUGCUUGCUAAAAUGCUGUUUUGUACCUUGCUUGGCUUUAUUUAUGCAUAGUAGCUUUCCCAGGAGGGAGGGUAUGCUUUAAAUUCUGACAAAGCCAGGUGAGACUUGCUGUCCACUAUACCGAGGUGCCAUCUUCUCUUUCUCCUGUAUUGUGUGGCAAAUAUCCUGUUUUAAUUUAUACAUCUGAUGUCAAGUGGAAUAAAAUUUUAUUAGUGGGAAGCUUUCCCAAUUUUUCA